CGCAGCAAUCGCUGACUUGAUUCCCACCCAUUUCCGUUCGUAUUCUCCCUCUUCUCUGCAACCAAUGAACAAAACCGCCAUGAGUUCACCGGAGACAGACAACAUUCCGGUCGAGGUGACCUCCAUACUCGAUUAUCUUGUAGCCUACCACUACGAUCAGCUCCGCUCCAUUGCGCUCUCUCCGGACCUUAAGUUCCACUAUCCUCUCUUUAUCGAGUUUGCGGAGCUUUUGGAUGUCGAUCCUGCACUUGCCUAUAACGUCUACUACAAACCUGAUAAAUACUUUAGAUUCUUCGAUUAUGCGCUCUUUUAGCUCAGAAAGAAGUAUUAAAGGAUUCCAUUUUUC